AUGGAUUCAAAGGCUCUCCUCUGGUCCACUGUAGCUCUGAUCGUUUUGUUUCUGCCGUUUAGUGCUUCAGAUGACCGGCUUGUCCCUGGCAAGCCGCUGUCUCCCGGCAACAUCAUCGUCUCCGAUGGCGGCACGUUCGCCUUGGGCUUCUUCAACCCCUCCAACUCCACUCCAUCCACGGUUUACCUUGGCAUAUGGUACAACGACAUCCCUGAGUUCAUAGUUGUGUGGGUUGCUAACCGUGAAACCCCAGCCAACAACAACACUUCCUCUCCACCAAUGCUCUCCCUCACCAACAGCUCAAAUCUUAUCAUCUCUGAAGGUAAUAGUGGCGGCCGUGUCCUUUGGAUGACGCCUAACGUGACAACUACUGUGGACUCGUCUACCCCAACGGCGGUGCUUCUGAACACCGGGAACCUUGUUAUCCGGUUGUCAAACGGCACCACGCUGUGGCAGAGCUUUGACCAUCAAACAGACUCGUUCCUCCCUGGGAUGAAGCUCCGAAUCAAAUCCAACACGCCCAACAUUGUCGAGCGUCUGGUGUCGUGGAAGGGCCCUGGCAACCCUUCGCCGGGGCGCUUCUCCUAUGGUUUCGACCCAGACACAGCCUUCCAAGUAUUCCUGUGGGAUGGAGAGAACUUGGUGUCCCGAAGCAUCCCAUGGACCGGAUUCCAAGUAAUGAGUGUAGACCAACAACAGCUAGCGGCAACCAUGAACGUCAGUGAUCUUAUCGUGUACAUAGCCUUCGUCGACAAUGGCGGUGAGAUCUACUUCACAUAUAGCCUCGCUGACGGUGCCCCGCUCACAAGGCUGGUGCUGACGUACUUUGGUGAGUAUCACCUCGAGAGCUGGAGCAGCAGCUCGUCGGCAUGGGCUAUCCUCUGGAAGAUGCCUUCCACUGAAUGCAACCGCUACGGUUACUGUGGCCCGUAUGGUUACUGCGACGAGACAGCAACACCAGUCCCAACGUGCAAAUGCCUAGACGGGUUUGAGCCAGCAAACAAGGAGGAGUGGACUGGGGGCCGGUUCAUGGCGGGGUGCCUACGGAAGGAGCAGCUACACGGGUGUGGCGGUAGCUUCUUGGCGUUGCCGGGGAUGAAGUUACCAGACAAGCUUGAGCUCAUCGGAGGGGGCAUGAGUACGUUUGAGGAGUGUGCAGUGAAGUGCAAUCGCAACUGCUCCUGUCUGGGGUACGUGUACCGCAAUGUGAGUAGCCGCAGGUUCAGAGGAGACAUGACGUGCAUGGUAUGGACCGGUGAGUUGGUUGACACAGGAAAAGUAGGCGUAGGUGGCGAGACAAUCUAUCUCCGAGUUGCAACAGAUAAAAGGAGAAAGAUUAACGCAGUCAAGAUUGUGCUGUCAGUUUUAGGAAGUGAUGUUCUCAUAUUCAUAUGCAUCUCUUUUGCAUGGUUAAAAUGCCAAGGAAAGAAUAAAAAAUGGAGAAAGCACAAGAUUAUAAGUUUGUUUUUCAUGAGUACGUCUCAUGAACUUGGGGAAGAAAAUCCUCCUCAUGAUCAAGAAUUUCCAUCUGUAAGACUAGAAGAAAUUGCCCUCGCAACACACAAUUUCUCUGAAGCAUGCAUGAUCGGACAAGGAGGCUUUGGAAAAGUUUACAAGGGAUUGUUAGGUGGUCAGCAAGUCGCAGUCAAGAGGCUAAGUACAGAUUCUCAACAAGGAACAAAAGAAUUCAGGAAUGAAGUAAUUCUAAUUGAAAAACUGCAACACAGAAACUUGGUUCGACUUCUUGGAUGUUGUGAUGAGGGAAAUGAAAAGCUCUUGAUAUAUGAGUAUCUACCUAACAAGAGCUUAGAUUCUAGCCUUUUCGAUGACUCAAGAAAAUUGUCAUUGGAUUGGGCGACACGGUUUAAUAUCAUCAAAGGGGUUGCUAGGGGGCUUCUAUAUCUUCACGAAGACUCGCGGUUCACCAUAAUUCAUAGGGACCUCAAAGUUGGAAAUAUCUUGUUGGAUGUGGAUAUGAAACCCAAGAUAUCGGAUUUUGGUAUGGCGAGAAUUUUUGGUGACAACCAGCAAAAUGCAAAUACCCAACGCAUAGUUGGCACAUAUGGCUAUAUGGCUCCUGAGUAUGCAAUGGAAGGCGUCUUCUCUACCAAGUCCGAUGUCUAUAGCUUCGGUGUGUUACUGUUGGAGGUUGUAACUGGUAUAAGGAGAAACUCCAUUAGUCAAAUGAUGGGAUACCCCAGCCUCACAGUCUAUUCAUGGAAUAUGUGGAAGGAAGAGAAGACCAACGAACUGCCAGACGCAUCCAUUAUAGAUACUUCACCAGACGAAGUUUUGCUUUGCGUCCAUGUAGCACUCCUAUGUGUCCAGGAGAACCCAGAUAACAGGCCAUGCAUGUCAUCCGUUGUCUUUGUCCUAGAGAAUGGAAGCACCACACUUACAACUCCCAAUCGCCCUGCCUACUUUACUCGACGAAGUACUGAACUGAAUCAAAUAAGAAAUAUUCAGCCUACAGUCAAUUGUUCUACUUUUACCGAGAUAGAGGGGCGAUGA